GUGGUGGAUAGGAUGUGGGAUGGGGCUCGUGGGUAUUGGGAUGCUCUUCAGCACGACUUGGUCAUCAAUUUUCCACGCAAAGAUACAACAAAUGAUGAUACUCAAACCCGGUUCGACCUCAUUCAAUAUCUGGCGAGAGAUCCCAAUACCGAUUUAUCUAGAAUGUUUUCUGUUCAACAUCACCAACGUGGACGAGAUCCUCGCUGGGAAGAACGUUACGUUAAAAGUACAAGAAAUGGGCCCGUAUGUAUUUAAAGAAAUUAAUACUAAGGUUAACAUAAGUUGGAACGAUAACAACACGGUGACAUUUAGAAAUCAAAGGUUCUGGUACUUCCAGCCUGACAUGUCGAACGGGAGUCUCUCCGAUAACGUCACCAACAUCAACCCAAUUAUAGCGACAAUCGCGUAUACGUUGCGCACGAACAGAGUGAUUUUAAAAGUAAUAGUAGAUAUGAUUCUUCGCACGUACCAUACGAAUAUGUUUCUGAAAGCCAACGUCUCGUCGUGGCUGUUCGAUGGCGUCGGAGAUCCUAUUCUGGAUCUCGUUGGACAUAUACCUCAUCUACCUUACACAAUACCAUUCGAUAGAUUUGGAUGGUUUUAUAAACGCAAUGGUUCGAUAGACGCGGACGGUCUAUUCGUCACGAACACUGGUGGGGCGGACUUCAGUGAACUCGGUAAACUCGAACGAUGGCAACAAUCCAAUAGAACUGUCUACAGAGACCAGUGUGGGGAGCUGAAGGGGACCACUGGAGAGCUCUGGGCGUUGGAACACGAACAGCCAGAGAUACAGAUCUUCGCUGCUGAUCUUUGCACACAUAUGUCCUUAGCUUAUUCUGGGCCGGUGGUGAAGCAAGGCUUGCCGGGCGUGGAAUUUGCAGCCAAUGACUCACUUUUUGAUAACGGCUACAAAUACCCAAAUAUGGCGUGCUAUUGUGAUGAAGUUCGAGAUGAAAACUGCAUGGCCGCUGGAGCUUUAAACGUGUCCGCUUGCAAAUACGGAGCCCCGGCCUUCGUGACUCGGCCACACUUCCUGGGCAUGGACCCAUACUACCCCAGCAAGAUCGAGGGGUUGAAACCAACUGAGAAGCACAAUUUCAAAAUGGCGAUCGAACCAGUCACCGGCAUGCCCCUAGCUAUCUCGGCGCAGCUGCAAGCCAAUGCUCUAGUCAGACACAUACCUGGUAUCAGCCUCAAUAACCAGCUGCCGGACCCGGACGUGCUGGUGCCCAUGUUCUGGUUCCGCGAGGACAUCACGGUGGACGAGCGCUACGCCAACUUCGCGGCCAUGGCGCUCGGCGUGCGGUACUGGUUCCCCUACGGUUGCUACUUUUUUAUUACACUCGGCUUAUGCCUGAUCGUUACUGGCGUGUGCAGAAUACGAAAAUACGCGCUAAUGAGGCUAAAGGAAGCGGAUAUUCCAGCGUCGCAGAAGUUUUUGAGUCACGGCGACAAGAAGCACGACUUCGCUUUGCAAUUGAAAGAAAACAAGUUAUGAUUCUUAUUGCUGUAUAGAGAGAGACCAUUACUAACCUUACACCGCCAUUACGCUCUUUCGCUUUCAAAGUUUGUCUUAAAACAGGGAGUAUUUUAGAAGUGCCAUAAUAUUGUGAAAUUAACACCGUUUGUUGGUGCCGUCUGAACAUGACCUUUUUUUUUAAUAGUUUUGAGGUUAUAAUAAUGAAAAUUUAUGUUUUAACAAGUUUAAAAUAUUAUCUUUAUGUGUGCAGUGUACUGUGCGUGUUGUUGCCU